CCUCCGCCCGCUCAUAUCCCUGCAAGCAUCGAAAUUGUUGGUCUUCUUCUGCCCGGCCUUGGUCGCCGCCCCUCUCAGCAACGACCCGAACCCUCCUUUCCCUCCCCUGAGCCUGAGCAGAAGAAUCCCCAACUCCGCGAUCUAGGGUUUCCAGCAACCGGAAAUUCUCGCGCGAUCGAUCGAGGUUUAGGGUUUGGUGAUCGCGAAGGACCCGGGAGCCUUCGAAUAGUAGGAGAUGGAGGUCGGAAGCGCCGCGACGGUAAUCGAAGGGGCUGCGAAAUUCAAAAUCCGGUGCUUCCCAUCGAGCAAUUUCACGAGCACCUGGUGAAUUUCAGAUUUUUGAGCUUCCAUGGACACAAUACUAAAGCUUUUGAUGAAAAGGCACAGCAAUUUGUUGCUAACGAAAAGGAGGAGGUUGAAGAUGGCGAUCCGAUUCCGAUCCUUCUGUGUAGAUGA